AUGUGGGCGUGUGGUUUUAAAAGCGUAUAUGGAGGAGGUGCCUCUACAUUUGGUCUUAUGGGGACUGAUACAUUUCUUUUCAUAAACGCACAAACCAAAAAACCCGACUUUUUCUUUGCUGUAGCAUUUGGGUGCGGGCUCAAAAACCAAAAUUUCGAUUUCGGUUUAAACACGGGUCCGAAUAAUCUUAUAUCCGGGAUAUUUGGACUUGCACCCGGUCCACAAUCAUUCCUAAACCAAUUAGACGGUAUAACCCAAGGUCGAUUUUCGUACUGCUUAACAUCUUGGGUUGAGCCGGAUCUUGGUAUGUCUACUAUCCAUUUUGGCCCAAGUGCACAAUUAGAUGGGCCUAAUGUCCAAGAAAUUCACAUGAAUGCAAAAGACAGAUACCAUCUAUUCUUGCGUGGUAUUAGUGUGGAUGGAAAAAGACUUCCUAUUCACCCAUCUAUAUGUACAUUAGACCAAAGUCAAGGAAUUGUUACUAAAGGAUUUUUCAUUGACUCUGGUGCACCAUAUACACUACUACCUACAUCUGCAUAUCAACCAUUGAGGGCAGCCAUUGUUGAUUACUUUUCGAGGUACGGUUGGCGAGCGAUCGGGCAACGGGUUUUCGAUCUUUGCUAUUUGACAGGACCUAGAGGAAGCCAAACUUUUCCAAGUGUUGUAUUUCAUUUUGCAGGUACUGGGAUUGGGGCAAGGGAGGUUGAUUGGGUUAUGGACAAGGAUAAUAUGUUUGUUAAGAUUGAUAGUGGUGGUGAUGGGUUUUGUAUGGUGGUAGGCCAAGUUCCUGACCCGGGACCUUGCCUUUUUGGAGCAUACCAACAAGCAAAUUUUAGGAUCUUGUAUGAUGUUAAGAAUUGGAUUUUGAGGUUUGCUCCUGAUAAAUGCCAAGAGAAUCGUCCCUUAUAUGAUCGUUCCGACAUGAUACGUUACGCCCAAAAAGGCGCACCUUCUACCUAA